AUGGAUCCGCUCGAAGAGUACACGUGGAUUGUUGUCUUUGGCGCGAUUGCUGCAACCUUCACCGCAUUUGGCAUCGGAGCCAACGACGUGGCCAACGCGUACGCCACCUCCGUUGGAUCCAAGGCCUUGACCAUCAAGCAGGCCUGCUUUGAGGCGGAAUGGGUCGCGGUGCAUGUCGCCAUCGGCCUUCGGGGGUGGGUCCGGGGCCAGGCCACUCUCGGCGCCCGAAAUACCCGGCGCAGAGCCCGGCAUUGGGGCCGCGCGCGGACGAACGCAAACCCUAUAGGGUUUGAGGGCGCCCGCACGAGAUAA